UCCAUUCCAUCAUCCAAAUAGUUUCCCAACUAUCCAACAUUAAGGUUCUAACACACCUUGACUUAAUUCCAAAUGGCUCAAACAAGUUCAAGAUCGUACAUAAAAAGCAUUUAUAUUUUGGGGUUGCUUUGUCUUUUGCUAUUGAUCCAAAAUGGCGAUGCCUAUGAGUUCAAAGUUGGAGGUUCUGGAGAUUGGAGUGUCCCUUUGGAUCCCAAUGCUAACGAUUACAACCAGUGGGCUGAGAGGAGUCGAUACCAAAUUGGUGAUACUCUAUUGUUUGUCUACCCGGCUGAUAAGGAUUCAGUUCUUCUUGUAACCAAGGAAGACUAUGCAAAUUGCAGCACAACAGCUCCACUUGAAAAAUACAGUGAUGGGCAUAGUAUUUUCAAUCUUACCCACUCUGGACCUUUCUACUUCAUCAGUGGAGUUCACGACAACUGUGUCAAGAAUGAAAAGUUCCAAGUGGUGGUCAUGGCCGAUAGAAGCAUCAACAAUCAAACAGUCACAUCACCUUCAUCUUCACCUUCACCAUCAACAGCAGAGGUUCCUCCAGCUCCAGCUCCUUCCGAUGAAGGCGCCACAUCUCCACCAACUGGUUCAGUAGACAUCAAUCCAUCACCAACACCUUCUCAAGAAUCUUCUCCUCCAAAGAAUAGUGCUUGUUCAAUUGUCAUGAGUUUUGUUGGAUCAGUUGGAGCCUUUAUUGGUUCUUCCAUUCUU